GUCAUUUCGGUGCCAUCUCCGCCUUGGAAGCUAGUCUUUAUCUCAAACUCUAUCACAAUAAGUCGGUUAGCCUUUUGUGCAUGAAAAUCCGCUCACUUUGGUAUGGAUGGAUUCAGAUGGGCAUCUAGACAUCAAAGUAGGCUUAUGUGGGGGAACUCGCGAUUGAGCAGCGACACUGGAUUAGAGUUGAGUUCACCGAUUGAGAAAGAUACUUUAAUGCAACUGGUGUGGAUUUUUCAACAACUCCACAUUUUAGCAGCGAGGAUACGCCAUUGCCGGAUUACACAGAGAACUCUCCACGAUAGAGUUUGCCAUACCCACCAAUGGUAAAGAUAGCUUUCUCCAAUGGGUUGAGUUUGCACCCCUCUCGCAGAUUGUCGAGAAACUUCACGCUCGAGUCCGUCUGUCUCGAGCACUCGUGGGUAGUUCA